UGAUGCCCUAUAUACUUAGCUUUACCGAUGUUUCGUGAUAUGGAAUUGGGCAAGAUGGGUGAUGAUGCCGAUGAUCACACUUUAUGUUGCCAUGAUCGGUGAAGUUCUUCAUUUAUCAAGCGACAGAGUAACUGACAUCUUGAGCAGCAUUGUCUGUUAUCGUCCAGGUGGAGGCGAGCGCCGGUACCGUAUUUUAUAAUAUUAACAUCGAGCUUGCCUACCUCUGCAUCCAAGUGGGGCUCACCGUGAUUUAUACCAUUCUCGUGGUAAAUCGUUUGCUCGUCAUGCGAAGCCAGAUAAAACAGGUCAUGGCCCAAUAUGAUUCUAACACCUAUAAUACCGUCAUUCUCAUGGUUGUCGAGUCUGCCAUUCCAUACUCUAUCUUCGCUGUUAUAUUCAUAGUUGCCUUUGCUCUGCAUUUGAACGGUAUCACUACUGUGUGCUUCCUGUCUAUUGGCCAAGCGCAGGGAAUUGCCCAAUUAUUCAUCAUCCUUCGCGUUGCACGGGGGCGGGCAGUUACACACGAAUGGUCGAGUAGAGUUGCUGCAGCACCUACGACUAUAGUGCUCUCAGGCACCGUAUCGGACACAACAGAAUAUUUAAACGAUGAACGAAUAGUCAGGCCAGAGCAGGACGUUGUUCAGACGUAUUCUACUUCCGUGAAGACGGCAGAAGUAGACGUGUGUGGCAUGACAUGAUGUAAAGUUGUUUGAACUUUAUACUUGAUUUAUACCUGAAUGUCAUCUUCUUUGUUUUCGCCGCAGCCUGUUGAAGGUCU